AAAUAAAUUUACCCGAUUUUUCCUUACAAUUAUACAAUUACAGGUUUUCAUUUGUUUAUCUAAUUUCCAACGUGUUUCAGGCGUUUUUUUGUUAUGCUGGUUUAUUUCAAUUAUUAAUUAAAAAAAAAAUACAGUAGUGCCUUGCGUUAAUUUUAAUCUUCCCGACAAGUGCUAUAUUUUAUUACAAGAUGGAGAAUUUAUUGAUUAACAAUGGUUGAGAAUGCAUCAGGUAGACAAUGGGAACAAAAUGUACCCUUAAAGUACAUGGAAACAAACCUUGAUACUGCUCUUAGUGAAUCAAGAGAAAGCCUACAAUCAGUUCAAACAUACUUGGAGUCAAUUGGAUAUCAAAGAGGUUUCUGUGAAAAAUGCCUUACACGGAUACCCUAUGCCACUCUAGUAGCCACCAUAAUGUGCGCUCUUGGAGUAAUAAUCUUUUGUGGAACUAUGUACAGAGGCGCUACACUUUCAGUGUUAAUGUUUAGUGAAGUUUUUAAAAUGCAGCUGUUUUGGGUUGAUGCUGUAAAAAUGGUUUUUGUCUUAAUUGGAGCUUGCAUGGGAGCAUUAGGAAUAAUGAUUUUGAUAGUAGGAUUUCUAGCCACAGGAGCAACAAGGCACAAAGUUUACAAAGGAUGGGGAUCGAGGGUGACUGGAAGACUUAGUUGUGCAGUAUUCAUGGGGGUUACAUACAUCCUUCAGAUAGCUUGGCUCCUAAUUUUAUGCAGUUUAAUAGUGGUAACUUUUGUCUUCACAAUAUUUUGGAAUAUGUGUGACAAUCCUGGAGUGGCAUCAUUUCAGAAUUCCAUUGAUCUUACUCAAUUUUAUUUCUUGUUUCCUGAAGGAACAAGACAAGAACAUAUGAAGAUAGAGGGUGACAGUAAUGUUAAAGCAUUUUGUAAAGAUUAUGUGGAGAAGGUCGAAAUUAUGUUUAUUGUAGCCACAGUUUCAACUGUAUUGGUUAUUCUUAGUUUGGUUCAUUAUUUAAUGUGUCUGGCAGCCAAUUAUGCACACAUCAGGAACCAAGAAAAAUUCCUACAGUUUCAAGACCUGCAGAUGCUUAACGAUACUGACAUGCUUUCAGCCAAAGAUAGAUUCUAGGAUAUUUCCCAGGAAAUUCAUAUGCCUGAGCUCAGAUGGCAAAUGUAAGGGGUAAAAUACAGAAAGUACAAACUUAAUAGAGAAUCUAAAACUAUAAAAGAGGGUUUGAUAGAUUAAUAGAACAAAAUUACCUAAAAAAAGAAAAAAAGUUACGUAUUAAUUUGGCAGCUUUGUUGGCUUAUGUAUUUCCUGGGUUCUUUUAGAGCUAUUUUAGAUUCAGGGACCUGUAAUUUACUUCUUUUAUCAAUAUAUAAAAUGUAUAAUAAAGGUACAGGUUCCUAGUAAGUUUUUAAUAUGAGUUAAAAUCCUGUGAGUCAUGGUUGAUAAAUGAAUUAAGAAAUGUUGAUAACUGAAUAAAAUUCAUUAAAAUGUAGUUUUGUACUUUUUAUAUGGGUAAAUUACUUUUUAAAUCGACCACCAGUGGCAAAUCAACUAGUAACGGUAAUUAGUAAUAAGAAAUUACAGUUAAAUAACAUGCUUAAUGUUGAACACGUACAAUUUUUUAAAAUAUCCUUUUCACUGUGGAGAAAUUACUAUAACUUAGGUAUUUUAGACUAAGAAAGAAGGAGUAUCUUGGCAUCUAGGAUUCGGUUAUUAAUAUAUUUAAAAGCUCAAUUUCUGCAUUAGAAAACAUUUAAAAUAAUUAAAUGUAAAAAUCAUUUGAAACAAACCUUUAUCUUUAUAUAAAUGUUUUUCUAGCAAUUUUUCCUUAUUAUUUCAAAACUCCGUCCGGAAGUUAAGACUAGAGGUAGAAUUAGUAUUCUUGGUUGGAUAAAUAAACAUACUAAGAGCAAAAAUAUAAAUAAGGUUAAUAUAAUCCCCCAUAUUUAGACGUAGAACGUGUAUUAUGUUUAUCUGUAUAAUUGUAUUAUGAAAUCAUACCAUUCCUACUGUAGUUUUUGUACCUUAAUAUUAGUAUUAUGUGGUUAGGUAUCUUGUAAUAAGUAAGUAAUGUCUAUUGUAAGUUAGUAUGAAGGUUUUUAUAAUAUAUAUUUUUUACUGUU